GUCGGGCUGCAGAAGGAGGAAGUGCGCACAGAAUAUUGGCUAAAACAUGCGCUGUUUCUCUGCGACGUGACUUUAUUUGCCUAAAAGACGCACAUAUUAGGCUACAGGACUAAACGUGGCACAUCUUGGAGGGGUAAAAGUGUAAGAAAUGGUGACUUCAGCUUUGGAGAACUCCCCUCUGAGGCGCACUAUGAAUAAGGUGAAAGGGCUGAUGCAUCAUCCUCCAUCGUACGGCACCUUGGACGAACAGUAUGCUGGAGACACCACGUGUCCAACCUGCAGAGGCACAGGCCGCAUACCUAGAGGUCUGGAUGACCAGCUUGUUGCAGUAAUACCGUGCAAUGAUAAACGCUUGAAACCAAGUCGCACAAAGCUGUAUGUCUGUAUAUCCACGGCUCUUUGCUUGUUAAUUUCCUGUCUGGUUCUCUUCUUCCUGUUCCCUCGGAGCGUCACUUUGACCCCUGUGUCUCUGCUGUCCGCCACUGUGUUCUUCACCAACAAAACAGUCGAAAUGGAAAUCACAAACGUCUUUAACAUCUCCAAUGCAAACUUUGUGCCAGUUCACCUUGAACAGCUCCACCUCAAAGGCCUCAUCCUCGACACCAUAGUGGGUAAUACCACUUUAAAAAACUCCACCAUCAUCAACUCACAGUCACAGAAAUCAUUCAAAAUCUUAACCAACCUGAGCAUCAAAGAUCCGGGCCUAAACACCUACUGCAAAACCAGCUUCAGGAUUCACACCAUAUUUGUGGCUCUGCAAAUGACCCUGAACAUCUCAUAUCUCUCACACAUGGAACAACUCUCACUAGAGACCUAUGAAUACGUCGACUGUGGCACCAACUCCACAGUCCCUCGCCCCAUCAGCGCAAACAACAAAUAAAGUUAAAACAAAUUAUAAAUAUAAAAAAAUAAAAAAUCUGUUUGCUAUCACUACAUUGAGAUAAUUAGCACACUCAAAUGGCGAUUAUAAUGUGAAUACAACCCACUCAUGUAUUAUUUACAUUGAAGGAUUUGUUUGCUUUCUUUUUUUGCUUGUUUUUUUUUUUAGCUCUACUGGGCAUUAUUCUUAUGGUAGAUAAAAACUGAAAUAUAAAAAUAAGUCUGGUAUGUUUGCUUAAAGGUCCUAUAUUACUCAAAAUUGACUCUUUAAACCAUGUUAGCUCCUCAAAAACCUACCUGGAGUUGUGUUUUGUUUCAUUCACACAUUUGAGUAAUUCUUUAUUAUUAUUCUUACAUGUCUCAAAAAGGUAGUUUUCUGUUUUCUUUAAGAAUUCUACAGGGUUUGUGUGUUAAACAGGUGUGAAUGAAAGAAAAACUACAGGUAUGUUUUUGAUGAGGGAACAACAUUAAAACAUAGAUCAGAAAAUAGUGUAAUAUGGGCCCUUCAACAUCUUUCUUGUAAAUUUGCCAGUGUUCAUUUGUGUUUUGUAGAUCUACUUCCGUUUACGUUAUCUUUGUGUUUACAUGCACUUUAUGUCAAAAUGAAGCACUUUUGCAAUAAAUGUAAUUAUUUGUUAUACAUUGCUUUUUAAAAAAAAUAUUAUUUUACAUUUGCUCCUCAACAGCCAUGACUGUGAAUAUGAGCGUGAAUGACCAGUAGGUGGAGACAGUGUCUACACUAAACCUUGUCCCUCAAAAAGAUAAAUGAGCGAUUUAAAAAAAAAAUCUUUUAACGCUUUCUUUUCUAUUUUGUCUAUUUAAGUCAAUUCAAAUUUUAAACACUAUUAUGAAUUUAAAUUGUAACACUUUGGGGUACUAACACAUAUAAUUGCUCAUUUGGUUGGUACUUGAGGGCAAUUUUUUCAAUCAAAAGCUAUGACUAAACUUCGGUGUUACGGCCUGUUAUAUAUGUGAUGUGUUAUGAAUACCAUUAGCUUUUAAGACUAAGUUAGUGUAUACUUACAGGGAAUACAUUUAUUACAGAGAUUAACACGUGUCAUGUUUCUGCUGUCCUGCAGUACCGCGCAUGACCUGUAGGGCAGCGUGCUGUUUU